GUUCCUAACCCUCAAACCAGGCCAUUGGAGCCAAGCUUGCCCUGACACAGGGGUGAGCCUACCUGGACUCAAGGUAGGGUGAACAAGGGCAUAGGGGGUCACUCCAGGAGGAGUGUCUUCAGAGCUGGAGUCCUGGGAAGCUUCUGAACUAGGCAUCCAAACAGGAACCAGCAUCUGUCAGGCGCCUACUGUGUGCAGAGGUUUGCCACACCACCCCACUUCACCCUAAAGUACCUCUGGGGAGUAUUCCCCCGGGCGAGUGCGGGGCGGGGGAGGGCUCUGAGCCCAGCACCCGGGCCUGCCGGCAGCACCCAGCAGAAGCUCAAGGACCAGGACGCAGAUCCCCGAGGAGACCUUCUCCGGACCCCGGGACAGGGACUGGCGGUGUGGGCGGACAGGGCCCUGAGAGCAAAAGGCAGCUUUGGUGGUCGCCGGGUGCCCGUCGGCGGAACCCGCUCCGGGGAACCAACACCUAACGUGUGCCUGGCCUGGAGGCUGGGAGGGGCGUCCGCUUCCUUUCCUUCCCUCGCCCUCCCCUCCUCUGCCUCCCGGGCGGGGUUCCCGGAACGGCCGGGGCGGGGCGCCGCGCGGGUCGCAGAGGCUGAGGCCGCACCGCGACCGUCAGUCCGCCCGCCAGCCCAGCCAUGGCCACUUCAGCCCCCGCGCCUCGGAUCCUGCUGCUGCUGUUGCUGCUGCUGCUACCGCCGCCUCCGGGUGCCCACAGUGAGGUGUGUAUGGUUUCUACUGGACGCAGCCUCUUCCCCAAGUUCUGCUCUGAUUUCUGCUGUGGCACCUGUAACUACCAGUACUGCUGCUCUGAUGUGCUGGAGAAAUUUGUGUGGAGCAAGGAUGAGUGUGAUGUUCCAGAGGCCAGUGUCCCCGCCAGUGUGGAGCCAGGAGAGCAGCUGGGCUCAGCACUGAGGUUCCGCUCCAGCUUGGACAGCGACCCCAUGUCAGGGUUUGGAACGACUGUAGCUGUCGGCCUGACUAUCUUUGUGCUGUCUGUUGUCACCAUCAUCAUCUGCUUCACCUGCUCCUGCUGCUAUUUGUACAAGAUGUGCCGCCGACCACGUCCAGUCGUGACUACCACCACGGCCACUACAGUGGUACACGCCCCUUACCCGCAACCUCCAAGUGUGCCACCCAGCUAUCCAGGACCGACGUACCAGGGCUACCAUUCCAUGCCCUCCCAGCCAGCGAUGCCAGCUGCACCCUACCCGACGCAGUACCCACCACCCUACCCAGCCCAGCCCAUGGGUCCCCCCGCCUACCACGAAACAAUGGCUGGAGGUGCGGCCAUGCCCUACCCUGCCAGUCAGCCUCCUUACAAUCCGGCCUACGUGGAUCCCCCGAAGGCAGCUCCCUGAGCACACCUUUGCAUCUCUGGCUGCCACUUGAUCUGUCAUGUGUGUAUGUGAAUGGGUAUGCAGGCACGGUCUUGUUUCUUCCCGUGCGUGGUGUGUGUGUCCUAUUUGUACACGAAGUUUCUUGUGAGGGGUGGGGGACAAUCCUUCCCAGAGUUAAUUGGGACCAUAGCUUGUUCCCUUCCUGACUUGAAAUUAUGCUUCUGAAAUCUCAAGCAAAACUGAAAGAAUGGUUCUCUUCCAGACAGCCCAGGGAGGCCAAAUGGGGGUUGUCACACUAGGAUAGCACAGCUUUUUGUGGGCACAGUGCACCCGUGUUCCAGUUUCUGAGGAAUGCUGGCCACUGCUCAAGGCCAUGGCUUGUCCCCAGACUUGCCUUCAAAGAACCAGAGCCGUGAUGCAAAGUGGGUGAGGUGAGGCUUGGGAGCCAGCCAGAGGUGGGUUUCAACCCUUGUGGCAGACAGCCCACAGCUCCCACAGCCUGUGCCUUGCCCAUUGGAGGGAGGGCAGCCUCCUGAUAUCAAAACAUCUCAGGCAGAGCCGCACCCUCCCUCGAGCACUCUCUGCCUGGACUCUUGCAUCCUUCCUGGGACCACCUGGAAAGCCACAUUUACCCAUGGUUCUGGCUGCCCUGACUCCCGCCACAGAUGCACAGGCUGGCCUCUGUCUACCUACACACUCAGGUGUCAUCCCUGCAGUGUUUUUUGAGCUAAACAUUUUACCUGCUUUGUUUCAAAGUGUGUGUUAUAAUUGCUGUGAGGCUGAAACCCCUGGGUCCUAGAGAGAAAUUGCCCCAGAGGAGAGAGACUGUCUAGCGUGAUAGCCCCUGCUUCCCCAGCACCAGCCUCACAGACUGUCCAGCUCCUGUACCCCAGUCCACAGUCUGUCCUGGCAGUGGGGACACCUGGGCCAAGGGGUCAUCUGGACCAAAGGUGGAAGGGGCCCUGGGUGGCUGCUUUGGCCCAGACACAAUACCUCGGUGUUCCCUCUCCUCUAUAAUGUCUUACCACAUUGUAGCUUUGUACCUGUUCGUGUGUUUUUGAGAAUCUAGAGUCUGCACCCUUGUUUAUAAUAAAUGCAAGUAUUUGGA